UUAAGGUGUACAGCAACACAACUCCAACUUGGAAAGAAUAAAUUUUUUCAACAUAAUUAUAUAUAUGUUAUUAUCAGACCAGAAAUAUUCUUAUUCGAGAAGCUACAACGCUAUUAUGUUUGAGAUGAAAAUCAAACCCACCUUUCCGCUCUGUCAGAAUACUUGAUUUGAGCAGGACGUGCCCGGUGCAGGCGUGCUCGUCACUACGAGAUGCACAGUAGGCCACAUGAAACGCACAAUAAUUAGUUCACACUGACAAGCACCAGGAAACACCGCGAACAUGCGGCUGCGAGGAUCGCGGUGAGCUUCAGUAAAAAUCACCUGGUCGUGCCAUGAAGGCUUGACGAAUGGAUGAAGAACCGGAUCGAUGGAGCACGAGUGCGGCUGGAAAGAGGCUGGCCCAGACUCUGAAAAGAGCGAGGUCACCGACCGACUCAACAAAUAAGUUAAACAAUAUUGAUUUGGCGAUCGUGAGCGCCUAUCCUGCAUAUGAGCCCACCUCAAACGAGGCUGAUAAGAUCGACAAAGCAAGAGAGCGUCUGGACAGAGGUUCUCAAGACCCCGAAGUCCGAGAGGACUCGUUCUUCAGCGUUACUACUGCCCUAACAACCAUGGCUGAAGACGCGAAGAGCUACGCCGAAGACAUCCAAGUCCUCGAGCACCUUGAUGAGGAUGACAAGGUGACUGUUCUGUCGGCUACAAUGCCACUCGGUAAAGGACCAAGUGGAAGGAAGGCCAUCAUAGUUGACCCCGCAGCACACACAUAAUAAUGUUGCGGAAGCAGCCCUCCUGUCUGGAGAGACUGACGCGACGGGGCAUGGAACACGAGCGCCAGUUCCCUCUACUGGUUUAUCAGAGAAUUUAACCAGCCAAACUGCGUCUGAUGGUGAUAAUGAGGGAACCGUUUUAAAGACGCUCAAGUCGAGGAAAGCAACGUCGGCGUGGGUUCAGCCCAACCAAACAGUGAUUGCUGCAUACUAUCACGAGGACAUGCUCGACAGCAACGACGAGCCUCACCAAGUGCCUGUCCAUGGCACCUAUUUUGACAAUGUCUGGACACCAGGCAAUAGUGGGUCAACGGUGACAAAUGGGGACAUGAGGAUUGUCCGAAAGUAUGUGCGCGCCAGCCGUCUAUUUAUCCCCCGAGACGGAGCUAAACAUAUGCCAGGCCGUUUGCCAGUUAAGAUCCCCGGCCCAGAGAGCGCAACACCUGCAGUUUAUGUGGGUAUCUCGAGGGUCGCCAUACAGCAUGUGUUUAUGCGGAACAAGGCCAAGGUCAACAAGGUCUCAUUCACAGACAACACAGAGAGCUUCGAUCUGAGGGCUGAGCCUUCCAAUGUCGUGGCAGGGAUCAACACAAUUUUCCACGAAGGUUGUACUGUGCCGGGAAACAUCUCGCGGCUCAACCGAUUUGUGAAGGACAAGACAACAGUUUUCGAGGAGCAACCGGCGCCAAUGGAAAGACUCGUGCGCCAGAACAACCGAGUCCUAUAAUAUCUUCCCGUCGAACCUGUGCAAAACCGCAAAGCCAGCGACGAUGCCGGACAUCAGCCAUCUUAUCGUAUCCUUAACAGAAGGGAGCUGGAAACUAUACUCAUUGGAUUUAUCUUGCCGCGCACUUGGGAUGUUUGAACUACAUAAGAAGCUAAUCGACAGGCUCAACAUCUUCUUGGCAGCUCAUCCUCUGGACUCGAUGCCAACCAAUAUGGCAGUUCACGUUAUCUGCCUAUACUUCAGGGCUAAGAACUCUCCUAAGCUGGAGUCGGGAGGAUUUUUUUCAGACGGAAACGGACCAAUGCCAGCAGUUGACCUGGAGUUUCCCGGCAUGCUAUCCCUGUGAUAGUUUGACAACAAAUACCCGAUUUACCCGAGUUCUUUACUCAGUAUCACGAGAGGUACAUACAGAGUAUCUAUCACCAUGCACCUACCAAGCAUCGUGAUUGACUUUGAAACACUUCGGGCAUCAUUGUCGCACUCAUUGGAGAUGUCAAGGCGAUUGGGGCUGGAAACAGAUGGGAGGCAUCCACCAGGAUAGGACAUGAAAUUAGAAGAGAAAUCAUAAACUUUAGGCCUUCCUUAUCUAAUCUUAGGAUAUUUAGCUAAAACUUUUAUGAUUUUAGGAUAAGCUUAGGCAUAAUCUUAGCAAAGAUUAUUCCCAUUCUUCAC